AUGCCGACGGCCAUGUCGAUGGGCUACAGCUAUCUCACUCCCUCCACCACAACCACUUCCACUCCGACUCCCACAGCCUACCAAAUCUCCAAGGCGGAGCGAAGUACAUGUACUCACAGCAACCCCUUCAAGAAGGAAGACCCAUCAACUCGAGACCUCAGGAUCUUCGGCGGCACGGAGGAUGAGCGGAACGCGAACGCGACGGAUCUGAGAGGGGCGAUGCUGGAUGUGGUGUUGGGCUUGUUUGAUGGGGUGGAUUACGAUGAUGGGUUGUGCUAG